AUGAUAAGAAUAAAAAAUUUAAAUAGACUAGUUAGAUAUUGUAAUAUUAAUAAUUCAAAUAAAUUUAUAAUAAAUAGUAAUAAUAAUAAUAACCUUUUUAGAUCUUAUUAUUCAACAUUAUCAUCCUCAUUUUCAGAAUCUGACACCACAAAAAAUACCCUUAAACCACAAUUAAAACAAGAUAACAAAAAUAUUGGCAUUAAACAAAAGGAUCAAUUAAAUUUACAAAUCGAAGAUAUCUCAAUUAAUAAUUUAUUUUAUAAAAAUAAAUAUCCAAAUGAAGAGGUAUCAUCUAUAACACCAAUUUCAAUUACAAAUAAAAUUAAUAAUACAUUUAAUGGUUUAAAAUUUAACAAUAGUGAGUUACAAUCAAAAGCACUUUCACCAGAGAUUAAAAUAACACAAAAUCAACACAUUCAUAUAAUCAGUGAUUUUUUUAAUGAUGGUGCCAGAAUAUUUCCAUUAGUAGUCAGUAAAUAUCUCUAUAAAAGAUUUCCAAAUUUAACAACUGGUUAUGCAUUAGCAUUUAACUCUUUCUUUUUAUCAAGAGUUUUCAUUUCAAGUGUAUUUCAAUAUUUAAAUUUACAAGAUUAUUUAAAAGUUGAUCAAACUAUUUCAUCAUAUAAAUAUGAAAAGUUAUAUUAUACAACAUUUUUAUCAUUUAUCGGUGCUGUAUAUCAAGAUCAAGGUGAAAAUGCAAUAGAGGAAAAGAUAGUACCAUUAUUUAUUGAAUAUUUAGACCUAUUAAACGAAGAAGAAUUUAAUCAAUUAUAUUUAAGUUAUCAAUUAAGACUAAUUAAAAAGAGAAUAAGUAACAAUAAUAAUAAUAACAAUAAUAAUAAUAAUAAUAAUGAUAAAAACAAUAACAAUAAUAAAGAUAGUAAUAAUAAAAAUAAAGAACAAGAACAAGAUCAAGAAGAAAAAAGAGUUAAAAGAUUAAUCGAGGGUAAUAUUAAAAGAAGUCAUCAUAAUAGUAACGAAAAAUUAUACAAUUUAUAUUCAGUUUCAUCAUUAGGUAUACCUCAUAAUUUUAGUUUACCAAAAUGGUUUUCAACAAUUAUUUUUAGAGAAAUUGAUAGUCACAGUAUCUACACCAAGUUAAUCAGAUUAACCACCAACCAUUCCAAAUUACCUGGUAAAAUUCAAUUAGUUAGAGAAAUUAAUAAAGGUACCGAUAAAUCACUUUAUAUUCAUACCUUCUAUCUUGAAGAAAAUGAUGAUUUUAAAAUCAUUGGAUAUGGUUUAGGUAAAACUUUAGGAGAAAGUAGGGAAAAUGCAUAUUCAGACUCUUUAAUAAGAUUAUUAUACCAAGAUAAAAAAAUUUAA